GACAUCGUCCCUGCCGCAUCGGGCUCACAGGAAGAAUUCACCAUGGGCAGGCCGCACGUGGGCAGCGCAGAGGGCGACGCUGAUCUUCCGAUCCAAGCUGCGCACUGGCUAGAAAGCUUCGCGGGCACGGCUGUGGAUGUGGCUCGCAACGGGCAAUGUGCCUUUCUUGCGCUAUAUGCUACUAUGUCAAACCACGCGCGCCCAUGCCUCACGUCAACGGCGGCAGACACCCGACAGGCCUCCGAGAUCAAAAAGGGCGUCUACACGCUAAUGAUGGCCAACCUCCGCUAUGACGUGGAGCUCGGCUUACUCGACCCGCUACUGGAAGCCCAUCGUGCUUUCCCCAACCAACCUUUGCAUGUGAACAGAGAUGCCGCAACGGCUUCGCUAUUUGCUCAUUACGCUCAAGAGAGAACUCGCGCUACCAACGUGCAGGUUCCCAAGAGCUUCUGGGCUGGGCCGCACGAAUUGAGGGCUAUGGCGCAAUAUCUGCGGGAACCGCUUUUGGUGCUCAGAAUGAACAAGUCCGGUGAUGCGCAGCUGCAGCGCUACAUGUACAAGGAUUUCCGACUGAAGAACGGCGAUGACCAUGAGACUGGCUACUGUGAGGCGCUAACUGACCGGCAAGCUCGUGACUAUCUCUUCGAAUGCUGGAGUCUCCAUGUAUUGCCACGUUUCCUUAUUUUACGCGAGGAUAAACACCACUUCAACGGCGUGGCGCACGGUGAGUAG